GCAAAAAAAUCAAAAGCUUUAAUUAAGAUUACAUUUGGAAUUUCUCAUUAAAUAAUUCUAAAACAUCGAUUAAUUAAAACUAUCAAAACAUCAAAAGACAAGGGAGGGAAUAGAAGAAAAACCCUACCAAUCUUUGACGUUGUCUUCAGCCCCUUUGUCCUUCCUCUCAUUACCGAAAGCAAAAACCCCAAUCAAAAAUCAAAAUCAAAAUCCACCAUAGCCGGCCAUAACCUAAUCAUGAAGUUCAACAAAAGAAAAAACAAAGGCAAAGUUCACCCUUCACCUUCAUCUUCAUCUUCUACGACAAACAAAGAAAACCCAGUUUCAUCCUUAAAUCAUCUUCUUCCUGCAACAAUCCUUACUCUAAUCUCUGUUCUUUCUCUUCAAGAUCGUGAAGUGCUUGCUUACAUGAUUACUCACUCUCUUAAAUCAUCUACUCUUAACUAUGCUUCUUCAUCUAACCUUCAAAUCAACCCCAAGAAAAAACCCACAAAAAAAUCAUCACCAUCAUCAUCAUCAUCAACAACUUCCCAUACAUCUCCUAGUUUUGAUUGUGAUUGUUUUAACUGUUACACUACUUUUUGGUUUCGUUGGGAUUCUUCACCUCACCGGGAGCUUAUUCAUCAAGCCAUUGAAGCUUUUGAAGAACAUCUUUCUUCUACUGAGAAAACUAAAAUAAAGAGCCUGAAAGAGAAAGCCAGUGCCGACGUGGAGGAGAGAGAUUCAAGUGGGUCUCAUUCACCAGAUAAUUUUAUCGUUGUUACCGGAGAUAACGUGGAGGAGAGAGAUUCAAGUGGGUCUCAUUCACCAGAUAAUUUCAUCGUUGUUACCGAAGAUGACGUGGAGGAGAGAGAAACUCAGGUCAUCGCCGGUGAAGAAGUAGAGAGAGAAAGUGCGACCCAAGAGAAGCAAAUACAUCAACAGCAACAGCGACACAAAGGAUUAGCUCGGAAGGUACUCCCGGAUUUCAUUGGGUUUUUUCAAUCUCGUUUAUGGAAUCGCCUUUGGCGUCCGAAUGUGUAGAAUUUUUUGUUAGCACAAAAUGAAAAGUUCGACUAAUAGAAGGAAUAGGUUGUUGUUUCAAUUGAAUUUCUUAAUAUCUAUGAAAGAUUUUAAGGGUAAUGCAAUUAAUUAUUAGGUAAAAAAUUAAUGUGUUUGAUAUUUGGUUCAUUUAUUUAUGUAAUACUCCCUAUAAAUUAUAAAUAAAUUAGAAGUACUAAUUUAAUUCAUGUUGGUUUGGUAUUUAAUAUCCGGAUGUAUACUUCAUUUGCGUAUGGAUAGUGAAGUAUAUUUGUCGUA